AUGUGUGGCCACACUUUCUGCAAACGCUGUAUUAGGGGGCAGAAUGAUAAUGUAACUUUAAAAACAUGCCCGAUUGACAAACGUGAAAUUCACAACAAGGAUUUGAUUGUCAACAAAGCACUUGUUGGUCAAAUAGGUGACUUAGAAAUUUACUGUCGUCAUGCCUUGGUAUUCUCCCCCACUGAGAUGGACUAUGUCUUGGAUGAGAGUGGUUGUCCAGAAAAGAUUACCCUGAGCAAAAGAGAAGAACAUGAGAAUACAUGUAUGUAUGCCUUAGUGGUAUGUCCUUACAACGAAUACUCGUGCGGAAAAUUUAGAAAAUUACAAUUAGAGCAUCACUUACAAACCUGCUGCUAUGUUCCUUGCCCUUAUAGAGAUAGAGGGUGUGAUGUGACAGGGAGGUCUAAUGAGGUUUCCCAGCAUCAAGAGUCUUGUGACUACAAGGGGGUCCAGUUUGCAGGAAGCCCCAACAUAGCACAGGAGAGUCAGAUUCAUAGUUUACAAACUGCUAAUAAGCUGCUGAAGGAUACAUUGAAGAAGCUGUCUGCCAGAGUGGAGACACUGGAGCAAUCUAACUCUUCUCUAUCAACCCAACUUGCUAAAACUACAAGUGCCUUAAAUGUUCUUCAGUCCCAGUAUACAGUAUUAUGUGAGAAGGUAGAAAAGCUAUCAAGCACUAGUCCACCAUCCUCUGCCCAAGUCUAUAGAAGUAACUCAGAUAGAAGACAUAGAGAGAGAACAGGCUCAACCACUGAGAAAAGAUUAUCAAGGACAUCAUCCAGCUCCUCAAUGACCUGCAGUCAUAGCAAUGUAAACAGCCCACUAGCAAGUCCCAAGACACUCUCUAUGCCUAGGGUAGAAUCUUGGGAAAUGCCAUUCACCUUUAAGUGUAUUGGAACAUUGAGAGGUCACAAAAAGCCUGUGUGGGGCCUGGGAACAAGGAAACAUAUGCUGUAUAGUGCUGGUGAGGAUGGGGUUAUUAAAGUAUGGGACCUAAAUGCCCUCACACAGGGCUGUGUGAAGAGUAUUAGAGGACAUUGUGAUGCCAUCCAUUGUAUUGCCAUAGGGUAUGAUGCUUUAUACAGUGGUGGAGCUGACAAGUCACUCAGAAAGUGGAGUCUAGAGACUUUGGAGGAGGUGGCCUGUCAAGAGGAAGCCCACGACAACAUCAUAUGUGCAAUUCUGACUACUAGUGAGUUCACUUUCACUGCAUCAUUCUCAGUCAUCAAAGUCUGGGGCUCCAGUGAUUUAUCACCUGUCAAGUCAAUAUUAGGCCUUCAUCAUUGGGUGAGGGGCCUCGCUUUGAACUAUGGUAGGGACAGGCUUUAUAGUGGAUCUCACAAUUGUAUUGAGAUGUGGGAAGCAACAGGAAAGUUUGCCUUAAAGGGAAAGAUUGAUCACCAGUUUGGCUCAAUUUAUUCAUUAGCUGUGACCAGUAAAUAUAUAAUAGCAGGAACAUAUAACAAGAACCUGCAUGUAUGGGACAUCAGCAGCAAUCAGUAUAUACAGGCCCUUUCUGCACAUAUUGGAGUUGUAUCUUGCCUUGGAGUAUCCCCAUCUGGUAGAUUUCUGUUUUCUGGCUCUCAUGACACUUCUGUACAGGUAUGGAACCUAGAAAUAAUGUUACCAAUACAGAACCUGCAGAGACAUGAGGAACCUAUAAAUACACUGAUAUUACAUGAUGACUUACUUUUGACUGGUGGAGAAGACUCAGAAAUUAAGGUGUUCAAACAUUUCAAAAUGGCUCCAGGCUUCACUCCAGCAUGAUGCUUCCGCAUACGUUCCUGACUUUUCAAUGCUUAUUCAUGAAGUGACAGCAAACAUGGAGAAAUAUUGUAACAGUAACCUGUGUUGACUAUAUUUUGAUACAUAGUAGAUGCCUAUACAUACUAUACUAGCAUAUUGUUGACUGAUAUAAUUGAUAAGCAUUAAUUGUAUUUCCAUAAGAAAAAGACCAUUCUAUGAUAUUCAUCAUGAUUUUCACAUUGAUCAAAAAGUGACAAAAUUUUGAUCACCGCUUCGAUCGCUGAUCACAAUUGCACUGUAUGAAAUGAUGCCUCCAGAUGCAGUUUAUCUAUGUUAAUAAUGUAACCACUAAACAUCAAUGGAGAAAGCUUGAGUCAUUUGUUUGGAGAAUGUGCACGGCUGCACUUAUAUGCCUGCGCAUGGACCUGGAAAUGGACUGGACUGGUAUUUUUAUUUCAAUUUUUUCUUUACUUCUCUUGACUUUCUAUAAGGCUAUCAUCAGAUUGAUUUUUCUCCCAAUUUCAAAACGCCAUAAC